AUGCAGCUCCGGCCACAGAGCUGCUCUGCUGGCUACAACAUCACUUUGGAAGGCUUAUCCCUGGCUAACGAGGCUUAUCCCUGCCCCUGUGACAUCGGCCACCGAAUGGAGUAUGGCGGCAUGGGGCAGGAAGUUCAAGUCGAGCACAUCAAGGCUUAUGUCACCCGGUCCCCUGUCGACGCAGGCAAAGCUGUGAUUGUCAUCCAGGACAUAUUCGGCUGGCAGUUGCCCAACACUAGGUACAUGGCUGACAUGAUCGCCGGAAACGGAUACACGACCAUCGUGCCAGACUUCUUUGUAGGGCAGGAGCCGUGGGACCCCUCCGGUGACUGGUCCACCUUCCCUGAGUGGUUGAAAACGAGAAAUGCCAGGAAGAUCCAUAAAGAGAUUAACGCCGUCUUGAAGUAUCUGAAGCAGCAGUGUCACGCCCAGAAAAUUGGCGUUGUGGGCUUCUGCUGGGGCGGAACUGCUGUCCAUCAUCUGAUGAUGGCAUCCUCAGAAUUCAAGGCAGGGGUGUCUGUCUACGGCAUUGUCAAGGAUUCUGAAGAUGUUUACAGUUUGAAGAACCCCACGUUAUUCAUUUUUGCUGAAAACGAUGCUGUGAUUCCACUUGAGCAGGUCUCUUUGCUGACGCAGAAAUUGAAAGACCACUGCAAAGUUGAAUAUCAAAUUAAAACCUUUUCUGGGCAAACACAUGGGUUUGUGCAUCGAAAAAGAGAAGAUUGCUCACCUGAAGACAAGCCCUAUAUUGAUGAGGCGAGAAGGAACUUAAUCGAAUGGCUGAACAAAUACAUUUAGCAGUGAUUCAGGGAAGGAAAGAGAUCUCACUCCCAAAUCCAUUUAAUUUCUCACUUUAUAUAAAAUAAGUUUAAGAAUCCUGAAAUUCAUUAUUUCACCUGAAACAAAUUUAGCAGGAAAUUUUAAUGUAUGAAAUAAUGUAAUUUUAAACAUGUAUUAAUACAUCAAAUAAAAAUUUAAAAUAUAGGUCAGUAUCCAAAGAAUUUGGAUGCAUCCCCGAAUUAUUAACAAAAACCUAGGGCUGCUCAGGGAGUAGUGGACAGCUCAGGUAUGGCCUUCCUAUCUUUAAUUGAACACAUCCUUAAACCUAGCCUAGCUACUGUUGGAAAGCUAUAAAGAACAUGAACUGUAAACUGGGGUGAAUUCAGAACCCUAUUGUCUCUGUCUUAAGAGAGCUGAAUUUGGGGGACCAGCAG